AUGUGGUGGUACUGCAAGGAUUAAGGACGAUACCCUGUACCUGGGGAAGGAUCACUCAUGUGGCGACAUGAGUGAUGAGUACCUUAUUUUGCAGGCCAAGGCACGGAUGAAAUUUCGAGCUGGGCAAACUACCGAACCGCUGAGGAACAUUUGGAACUCUGUCCUUAGCCAGUCGACUGAGGCCGUGAAGAAAAACCUCAAGUUCGAGGCUGCCGAGUCCAUCAUGAGGAAUAAGCGGAGGAAGAACCUGCCUCCGAUUCCCAAGAAUCUGGCAGAAAUGAAGGAAGCUCUCGACAAUGGACAUCCGUUCGAAGACAUCUACCAAGGUUUCGUCGAAUUCGAAAUGGGAAGGUCGGAUUCAUUUUUGCAGACCCAAAACUUCUCGCUCUCGUUGAAAAGACUCAAGAACUCUUCGUCGAUGCCACCUUUAAAACACGGCCUCACCACGAUAUCUUUUCUCAACUGUUGAACAUCAUUGUCAUCUACAAAGAUUACUCUGUCGCGGUGAUGCAUGUCUUAAUGACAUGCAAGGAGCAAGCACUCUACGGCCAGAUCAUGGAGCGGUUCAAAGCUUUGGUUGGAUCGGACUUCAAGCCAAAAAGUGUGAUGUCGGACUAAGAACGGGCGAUCCUGAACACCAUGCAAACUGCCUUUCCGGAAUCGAGAGUGUCUGUAUGCAGAUUUCACUUCAGCCAAGCAGGUAAAUAAUAUUUUAACCAUUUAAUUGAUUUUUAACACGUUAUUUAUCUUUGUUAUUUACUUCUUUUUAGUUCUCCGGAAAGUGUGUGCUCGCAACAAGGAGGAUUUCUAUAAAAAUGUUGAGUUUAGGAAUCUGAUGCUCAAACACAUGGCU